AUGUCAUUUCCUCCUUUGCCACAUACAUCUUUCAAGCCUCAUAAACAAUCAACAUUUGAAUGGCAAAGUGUUGCUGCUCCACUUUUGCAGUAUCCGCUAGCCAUAUGUGUAUCGACUUUUUCAUCCCAUGCAUUUCUAUCUUCUUUGAUCACUUUGACUCUUGGCACUGAAUUAACCUUUUGGCAUGAAUGCCAUUGCUUUUGGAAAUCGGUUGGUGUAUGUAGUGCAAGUACUUUGAUUAAACGUGAAGGCUCGAAUGCUUUAUCUACAGAUAUGGCAGUCAUGGACACAUCUGCAAUGAGUACCAGUGGGUCAAUAGGCACAUCCAUCCUAGCAGGUCUAUCCGAUGCGUGUAAAGAUUUUAUGGUACUUGCGCAUUAA